GCCUGCUAUUGAACAACUCUUUUAGAAGAACUUAUAAAACUUUAGAUCUUCACCAGAGGAGAACACCAGCGGAAACUCCGUCCUCCUCUGAUGUGUAUCUCUUGCUCACGAUCAUUUUUAUGUUUCCCACGUAGGUGCUCCUUCUUGUUCUCCUUCC